AUGUAUGCGCGCACUACAGCUCUGCAGAGUCUCCUGAGGCUCUCUGCAGCUCGUGCCCAUGUGCGCAAACUCCACAUAUUCCAUGCGGAGUCGGUAGAGACGAUGCCUGGUCAGGCAAGCAUCAUAUCGCAGGUCAUGGGAGAUGAGACAGCGUCGUGCGGUGCGCCCGCGUUACGAUCUUCUUGGCUACAGCACUUGCAGUUGUUCUCCAAAGAGUCUCGUUCUAGAAUCCAGAGCAUCGCAAGGUCUAUCUACUAUAAGGGCCCAGGAGGCAAUCUUCACAAGACUUUCCGGUUCUUUCCGGCGUACCAUCGCGUGGUCUACACAAUGGGCGCUCAUAGCCUGGCCACAUUUCAGUGGUUAUACAGAACUCGGGAUAUAGAAGAGGCACUCUUUUGGUUUAGAGAGGGGCUCAGAUGGUUGCCAGAAAGCCAUCCAGGAAGAUUGCUCUUUCUUUACGGAAUUGCUAGUGCGCUCGUGCAGCGCUUCUUGGAAUUCGGAUUUGUCCAAGACGUGGACCAGGCAGUGCAGAUAUAUCAAGAAUUGCGUAUGUCCACGCGGAAUGGAGUUUUUUUUGACGUGAGUUUCUUGGAUGUGCGUCUGUUCGGCAUCUAUCUCUCACCUAAACAUAAAGGUCCAUCCAGGUUCAUGCUGGAAUACCUGCUCGCACAUGCUGUUUACAACAGAUUCUGUCGUACCAAGAACCCAAACGACCUGCAGUUGUUCCACGAUCUGCGAAAGGAGGUCGUUGGCAAUUUCGAUGCGCAGGCAGGCGAACUGCCGCCGAUGCAUCUUCCCCGUGUCGCUUGCAUUUUUCGAUACUCGUACCAAGAAACGGCUGCGCUAAAGGAUUUGGAUCGUGCUCGUGAUGCCCUCCAACGCGUACUGUUGUUGCCAUCACCUGUACAGAAUCCUAACAUCAGACAGCGCUACUCUACCGUAUAUCAUGCAAGUGUUAGGUUGCGGGUAUCGGCGCUUUUGGAGCUGAACAUCUGUUCACGUCUCCGUUGGCGCUCGACGACUGCUCUUGCUGACCUUGACGGAGGAAUUGCGCAUCUACGAGAGUGCCAGAGAAUUUUGGAUCCCGUCCUCUUGGACCUAUGGUCUGUGAAACACAGGGCUCGUUUCUUAUGCCACGUCUAUCUGGCCAUGACCUUGUCUCUCCGCUUUCAACAAACUGGAGAAGGAACAUGUCUUCAGGAGGCUAUCGAGUCAAUCGAUGCUAUUACUCCUAGCUCUUGGAGCCGUUUAGGGCUGGAGCAGAUCAUCAGUGCGAAAGAGCUCGUUGAACUUCUUCACAAUCAUUCCGCUGUUCGUUCUGCGUUUAGCGAGGCCCAGCGUGAUCGCCUCAUGAAGUUUUGCCUUCAUAUGAUCUAUAUACUGCGGUCAUCCUACCAAGGUCUAGGUAACGCAUCGCGUCUGGAGGUGUUGAAGCAGGUCAAGGAGCUGUCAAACUCCGUUGCGCAGCUUGCUCUCGCUUUUAAGAUGCCGAUGAUCUGCUUGCAAAGCCUUGAGUGGGGACGAGCAUUGUUCUGGCAGCAGACUCUCCGUUUACGAGGACCUUUCGACCAUCUCCCUCGUUAUCUAUCAUCUCGACUGCAGCGCACUUCUGCGAAACUGGUAACCUCGGUGACUACCUCGGACAUGCAUGCGGACAGUGUGGACAAGGAACUGCCUCUGCAGCGUCUGUUGUCAGCCAGAUUCAACAUGUUUGUGGAUGCUGCUCGCCGCCUUGAAGGCUUCGGCGACUUCCUAAAUCCCACACUGUCUUCGCAGCCCUAUCGUCACAACAUAGCUUGCAAGAGUCCUAUUGUAAUACUCAUCCCAGGAAGACCUUGUCAUGCGGCUCUCAUCACCGGUGCGAGCACAGAACCACGCCAAGUGGUAUUUCCCGACAUCACAGAUGCGGUCCUAGAAGAGUGGGUCACGGAAAUCGUCAUGGGUAACGUGCGAGCAGCUGCAAGCGACGCGAGGCAUAUCGCUCGGAGGCUCCGACGACAAGCGAAGCAGAGACAAUCUCUGGCCGAGAUCUGGCUCGGCAUUGUUGAGCCUGUGAUGAGGGAGCUUGGGCUCGAAAAAGCCCAAGGGAGAGACAGGCCUCGCAUCUGGUGGUGUCCUACGGGCAAAUUCUCAUUCUUACCAUUACACGCGGCGGGCAUAUUUUCCUGUCCAACGGCAGAGUCUUUGUCAGACUACGCGGUUUCCUCGUAUACGCCCACCAUUGAUAUCCUGGUCCAAGCGAGAAAGACCUGGUCCACGACCCCUUCCUUGUCUUCGACUGCACAAGUGCUACUCGCCGCGGCACCGGCGGCUCCUGGACAAGCACGCCUCCCAUAUGCUCUGGACGAGGUGACUGCAAUCGCUCGCACGCUCCCAGGCGACUCCCUUUUGCAGACAGGAUCCACCAUCGGUUCGUCGACCGUACGGGAUGUGACGGACCUGCUCGCGCGUGCGACGAUCGUGCAUCUAGCUUGCCAUGGCCGCCAGGAUCCCGACUCGCCGCUGUCUAGCGGGUUCUUCCUCACGGAUGGGAAGCUAACGAUAUCGCAGAUGAUGCAGCUGAAGGCACCUAGCGCGUAUUUCGCAUUUCUCAGCGCCUGCGAAUCCGCCGCGGGGGACCGUGUACAGCCGGACGAGACGGUUCAUCUAGCGGCAGCCAUGAUGUUCAUGGGUUUCAAGAGCGUCGUGGGGACGCUGUGGUCCAUGAAAGAUGCGGACGGGCCUCAUAUAGCGAAGGCAGUGUAUUCGGCAUUAUUCAAGGACGGGAAGUUCAACCCUGAUCCGGAUGAUAUACCCUAUGCAUUGGAUGAAGCCGUGAGGGAGCUUCGGGAUCGAGGCUCUCCAGCUGCCCACUGGGCAACGUACAUCCACAUAGGCAUUUAGAGGCUUCCAUCAUUGUAGACUUGAUGUGAUUACGAGCGAUUGUACAUUCUUCGUAUAAGACGGACGUAAACUUACUUUCACAGAAUAAACACCACAGAAAUACUACAACACGCCACCAAAGGCUUGCCUGUCUCCGACACCCCUCAGCCCAUGACCCUGCGCUCCAGCUCCAUGACCCAACCCGCAACGGUUACGCCGACGCGCACUCAGCCUUCGUCUCGUCCUGCGCGUCCGCGCUCGCGAGGCUGGGAGUACGGUUCCUGAUUUUCUGAGACUGCUGGCCGGUCUCCCUGGCCCUCAGCUCUGCCAUCCGCCAGCUUACCCGUAUGAUUGGAGAUCGUUCUGUCAAACUACACGAGCUUGGCAACGAACGGAAUGGAAUGUCAAGACUAGCCCCACGCGGUUCCCCACACCACAUACUAUGCAGCGACGCGUGUUCAUGCACAGGACGGCGUGCUUGCGCUUUCGAAUGGCAAUGGGAGCAACGCAGGGAAAUGCAGAGCAACACAAGAACCUCUUUCUGCCAUCCGGCGUGCACAACCUUACUUGCUUCGUGGGUUUUAUGACCAAUAUUUAAUUCAGACACUGCACUCUUGGUGGUGUUCUAGAUGCAAAUUCAAUACACUCCAUACUCAUCCGCAUCAGAUGAUGUUGAACCAUCCUCUUGGUCGCCUUCGU